GAAGCCUGGGGCCGUGGCGGGCCGGAGUGACCUGGAAUUUGGUCAGGACUCAGAGAUGAGGAAAACAGGCCAGAGAGGGGGUCCUAAAGGGACCGGUCCCGGCAGGCUGGUGUCUUACAUGAGAACCUCCUCCCUCAGCCUCCCGAAUUGCUGGGCUUACAGAUCCGGACACUGGGGUACGGCUGCCAGCUCAUCGGUGGGGUCCUAGUGGAACAAUGUCCCACCAGGGCCGAAGUGGGGAGGCGCUUGCUGGUGGUGUCAGCCCAGCUCAGCCACUGCAGGACUGUCCUGCGACUCUUUGAUGACCUGGCAAUGUUCGUCUACACUAAGCAGUACGGCCUGGGGACAGAGGAGGAGGACGUCUUCAUCCGAUGGUUGUCUGUUCUGAGUAACGUGGCAGACCAACUGUACUAUCCGUGUGAGCAUAUCGCCUGGGCCGCCGAUGCCAAGGUCCUCCAGGUGGACGCUGCUCGGUGGUGGACACUGAGCACAGCCCUCUGGACUCUUUCUCUACUCCUUGGAGCUGUCAAGGCCCUGUGGACAAUAUUGAAGAUAAGACAGAAGCUGCGGGGCCCCACAGGCACCUUUGCAAGCCAGCUGCCCAGGAGCAAGCGGAGGGCCCUGGAGGCAAGGAUCUGCUCAGAGGCUUUAACUCUGCUCAGCAACCUGGCUGACCUGGCAAACGCAGUGCACUGGCUGCCCCGAGGUGUCCUGUGGGCCGGCCGGUUCCCUCCUUGGCUGGUGGGCCUCAUGGGGACCGUCUCCUCCAUCCUCAGCAUGUAUCAAGCUGCCAGGGCUGGCAGACAGGCUGAGGCAGACAGCCCCUGACGAGGCCCUGGCCUGGCAGUGGAGGACACUGGUGCUGGACUGAUUCCCAGAGUGGGACCCCGUGGCCAUGGCGGGCACCCAUGGCUGUGCACUCGCGCUGGCCCCUGGGUUGGGUGGGAAAACGGCCAAGAUGAGCUCUCCUCGGGCCUGGCUAAGGUCUCGGAGGAAGCUGCUCCUUUGCGAAGAAGGGCGCAUGAGAACCUCAGGACUCCCAGAGCCAAGGCCAGGUCUGCCACGUCCCAGAGGACAUCCCAGGAGGACACUGCCAGAGCCCACACCUGCUGGCCUGCCUACCGGUGAGUGGGAGAGACGUGCGCCUCAGGUCAGGCUUGGGCAAAGCUGGAUAUAGAAAUGUCUAUUAAAUGUCUUGGUAUGGUGCCAGUGUGUA